AUGGCUACCUUAAUUCCUCCUCCUUCCAAAAAGCAAAAGCGUGAAGCUCAAAAACCAAGAGAAGUUGAUCUUGUUCCAGCCGACCUCCCAAAUGUGUUGAUUAAAUUCCAAGCCUCAGAUACUGGUGAAUCUGUUGGUGGUAGUAUCAGAGUUCCAGGAAAUAUCUCAGAGCAACAAUUAGAACAAUUAUUGAAUCAGUUAAUAGGAGAAUCUGAUGAACCGGUGCCGUAUUCUUUCAGCUUGUUAAAUGAUGCUACAAUAGGUGACCUAGUGGAUAUCAAAGAUAAUCUUUAUUCAUCAGUGUUAAAACCAGGUAUAAAAACCACAGAAGAUUUUAUGACUUUGGUCUAUACUCCAAGAGCUAUCUUCAAAGUUAAACCAGUCACAAGAUCCUCAGCAUCUAUUGCAGGUCAUACCUCUACAAUUUUAUGUACACAAUUUGCUCCACAUACAAGUUCUAAGAUGGUUACUGGUGCUGGUGACUCGACUGCUAGAAUAUGGGAUUGUGAAACUCAGACGCCAAAACAUACUUUAAAAGGUCAUACAAACUGGGUUCUUUGUGUUGCAUGGUCUCCAGAUGGUGAAAAAAUUGCAACUGGUAGUAUGGAUAAUACUAUUAGAUUGUGGGACGAAAAUGGGAACUCGUUAGGUGAUGCAUUAAGAGGUCAUACAAAAUGGAUAACAUCAUUAUCAUGGGAACCAUAUCAUCUUGUUAAACCAGGUGACAGUCCAAGAUUAGCUUCAGGUUCUAAAGAUGGUACUGUUAAAAUAUGGGAUACUGCUAGAAGAGUCCCACUAAUGACAUUAAGUGGCCAUAGUUCUUCAGUUUCAUGUGUUAAAUGGGGUGGUAGUGGUGUCAUUUAUUCAGCUUCACACGAUAAAACUAUUAAGGUUUGGGAUGCUAAAGAUGGUAAAGUUAUCAACACAUUGAAGUCACAUGCUCAUUGGGUUAAUCAUUUAUCAUUAUCUACUGAUUACGCUCUCAGAAUGGGUCCUUUUGAUCACACAGGUGUCAAACCAGCUAAUCAAAAAGAAGGUAUUCAAAAAGCCAAACAAAAUUAUGAAAAAGUUGCCAAAGUCAAUGGUGUUAUAGAUGAAAGAGUUGUUACAGCAAGUGAUGAUUUUACAAUGUAUUUAUGGGAGCCUCUCAAAUCUACAAAACCAAUUUGUCGUAUGACAGGUCACCAGAAAUUAGUUAACCAUGUUGCAUUUUCUCCAGAUGGUAGAAAUAUUGUUUCUGCUUCAUUUGAUAAUUCAAUAAAACUAUGGGAUGGUAAAACUGGUAAGUUUGAUUCCACCUUCAGGGGACACGUUGCCGCUGUUUAUCAAACUGCUUGGUCAUCUGACUGUAGGUUACUUGUCAGUUGUUCUAAAGAUACUACUUUAAAAGUUUGGGAUAUCAGAACUAAAAAACUUUCAGUUGAUUUACCAGGUCAUCAAGAUGAGGUUUUCUCAGUCGAUUGGAGUGUUGAUGGUAAGAGAGUUGCUAGUGGUGGUAAAGAUAAACAUGUCAGACUAUGGACCCAUUAG